AUCGAUAAUCAAGAAGAGCUACAGCAUAAAGGAAGUUAAUGUAAAUGGUGAUGAAAGGAGUAGUGUCGUGACUAAAAGUUGCAAGAGUACAAGUUGAAUUUUCGUGGCUUUCACGGUAACUUGUAUUCAGUUCAUUUGAUAUGAGACAAAGAACACCUUUUGUGCUUUGUUUUCGAUGUUUGUAGCGUGAUCUGCAGUACAGUCUUAAAAGUGGGGUUAAGUUUGUCUCGUUAUAGGUUAAUCGUGGUGUCGUGUUAUUAAGGAAUAGAAUAACAGAAUGAAACACAAGCCUCCAAGAAUGCCGUGUUGGUAUUAUGAGAAAAAGGAGCUUCGUAACACGCCAUCUAUUCAGGAUGGAAUUGAUUAUGAGACAGAGUGUCGUUACAGAAAGGAAGGGGCAAGAUUCAUCAUAGACACUGGAACAAAGAUGGACCUGGGAUACAACACAAUGGCUACUGGAGUUGUUUAUUUUCACAGAUUUUACAUGUUUCAUUCAUUCAGAAACUUCCCAAGAUAUGUAACAGCUUGUUGCUGUUUGUUCUUGGCAGGAAAAGUGGAGGAGACUCCAAAGAAAUGUAAAGAUAUAAUUAAAACAGCCCGGAGUCUACUUACAGACCAAAAGUUCUUGACAUUUGGAGAAGAUCCCAAGGUAGUUACUCCUGCUUCAUAUUCAGGAAGUCCCAGAUUUAAACUUGACACAGAGACUAUUAAAUCUGAGGAAGAGGUUAUGACACUAGAAAGGAUUCUUCUUCAAACUAUAAAGUUUGAUUUACAAGUAGAACAUCCAUAUAGUUACCUUCUCAAAUAUGCAAAGUGCCUGAAAGGUGAUAAAACAAAAUUACAGAAGAUGGUGCAGAUGGCUUGGACAUUUGUGAAUGACAGUUUAUGCACCACUCUGAGUUUACAAUGGGAACCAGAAGUAAUUGCUGUGGCUCUCAUGUAUCUUGCUGGAAAGCUUAGCAAGUUUGAAGUAGUUGACUGGUCAGGUCGUACAGCCAAACAUCUACGCUGGUGGGAUAUGUUUGUUGAAGAUGUCACAAUGGAUCUGCUUGAAGAUAUUUGCCACCAAGUACUAGAUCUGUAUUCACAGCCUCAGACAUCAACAUCUCCUGAUUCUCCUCCUCUGUUGCCAUCCACACGCUCUCCAACGAUGAAGAAAGAACGGAUGCCACAGCCAAUAUCUCCAGUAGUUCUACAACUCUCUCCAGCAUCUACAGCUAUUCCUGUGAAAGUGAGCAAGGACCUUAAGCCGCACAUGAUAUCAAGCAAUGGAGAAGGAAGCCACGAUAAAAAUGAUGUUCCAGUGACAAAGGCUUCUGAAAUUGUCAAUCACUAUCAGUAUGGUUCAUAUUCACAUUCAUCGAUGACUCCGACGUUUCCACCUACGUAUACAACUCCACUACCUGUAACAGUUGCUCCUGCUGUUCCCACUAAUACAUCUGCUCCUCCUCCAACAGUACAGCUAAGUGCUCAUGGACCAGGUCCAAGCACAGCGACAGGCUCAUACAAUCCAUAUCCAUCUGCUGCACACCAGUAUACUACAUCCCAAUAUUACCAAGCACCAUCUGUGCCUCCUCCUAGUAGACCUUACUAUCCGCCUCCAGCGGGUCAAAGCUAGUCAGUUUCUAGUAAUCUUAAUGACUUUGCACCUUGGAUUGUCAGAAUGAAUUGAUAAUAUUUAAACAUGAUUAAAAAGACUGAUAUUACAUUUUUCUUACUAUAUCUGCUAAUAUGAUAGUUGCAAAAGUUGCUUAUAAAACAUUUGUAUUCAGAAAGUAUGAAUGCCUAUAGUGAGGAAAAUUUCACUCCAGUACAUCAUCUCAAAUAUGUUUCUAUAUACAUACAUUUAAGAUGUAUGACUCUUAAUAAAACUGAUUUUAUAGCAAGUGAA